UGAAGCAGUCAGGAAUUACUGAAGAACUGAGCAAGUGGGGAGAGGAGGACUCUAACAGCUAAUUCCUAGUCUAAUGAGCUGAAGGCUUCUACAUUUACACUGGUUGCCUUGGAUGUGGAAAGGGAAAGCAACUUCCUCCUAGGAGGGAGGGAGAGGAGCCCAGAAAAACAAAGAGGGCCUGGGUAAUAAACAGAGCCCCUCCAUUACCCACAGUACCACAGGGGUAAUGCAAGGGGCUCCAGGCAGCCCCUUCCACGCUUGAGGGAACUAACCCAGGGCAAGUGAAUGCCUUCCAGCUGAUAACCCUCAUCCUUUCACACUGUCUAGGGUAAAUGGUAAAGUGCACACAUAUCAUGUGUAGUGCUUAAACCUUCCCAGAGCUUCCUUCCCAGUUACUGCUUCAGCCCCAAACCCCCUGCAAGGCUCAGGACACCCCACCUACCCAUAUGCCCCUACUCAUAGAGUGCCUCACUCCACUGCACCUCCUGUCAGGUCCAUCCUACCCUUUUCUGCCCCAGAACCUGAUCUUUCCAUGCAUUUACGUAGAUCAGUGAAACCAGAAUGAACAGCCCCUUCCUUCGCCUGGCUCUUGAAGCAAGUUAACUUUUGUGGGGAGCUGGUGGUUGCAGCCACGACAGAUUGCUCAACCCAGAUUGAGCGCGGCCUGUCUUGCUUUGACCCUGUAGCCCCUUUUAAGUUAAGGAACCGGGAGGGUCUACUCCUCCCAAGUUUGGACUCUGAUCCAAGGCUUGAUCCUUGGUGCAGCAGGCACCUUGCUCCUCGGAGCUUCGUCCCGUGUGCCCAGCGGAGCCCAGUGGAAUUGCAGGGCUUUGCAAGGAGUGGAAGGUUAGGGUUGGGAAGGGAAACCUAGACCUGAUGAAUGAGUCAGGAGCUGACUCUGGAGUCACGUGACAAAGGCCACGCCCCGGGAACUGACUGAAUCAUGUGACACCCGGGCCAAGGAACGUUUUUCUCACGUGACGGAGGUGCCUUGGGUGGACCAAUAAGGAUGCCGAGGCUGGGCUGGGGUGUGUGUGUAGGGGACGGCGCGCGGGAAGGGAACUGAAGUCAUCCGUAGUGGCCGCUGGGACUCGGUGUGGGUCGUGUCCUGUCCCGGUAUGGUUGCAAAUUAGGGUCGAGUUCAGUGCUGGUGAGCCAUGAAGUGCCUGAUCACCGGCGGCAACGUGAAGGUGCUGGGCAAGGCUGUCCAUUCGCUAUCCCGAAUCGGGGACGAGCUCUAUCUGGAACCCUUGAAGGACGGGCUCUCUCUAAGGACUGUGAACUCUUCCCGUUCUGCCUAUGCCUGCUUCCUCUUUGUCCCGCUCUUCUUCCAGCAGUACCAGGCGGCUUCCCCUGGUCAGGACCUGCUGCGCUGUAAGAUCUUGAUGAAGUCCUUCCUGUCCGUCUUCCGCUCUCUGGCGAUGGUGGAGAAGACUGUGGAAAAGUGCUGCAUCUCCCUCAGUAGCAGCAACAGCCACCUUGUGGUCCAGCUCCACUGCAAGUAUGGGGUCAAGAAAACACACAACCUCUCCUUCCAAGACUGUGAAUCCCUGCAGGCUGUCUUCAACCCAGCCUUGUGCCCCCACUUGCUCCGAGCACCAGCACGGGUUCUGGCAGAGGCUGUUCUGUCUUUUCCCCCUGCACUGACUGAGGUGACACUGGGCAUUGGCCAUGGCCGACGGGUCAUCCUGCGCAGCUACCAGGAGGAGGAGGCAGAUAGCACCAACAAAGCCAUGGUCACUGAGACUAGCAUUGGGGAGGAGGACUUCCAGCAGUUGCAUGCCCCAGAAGGGAUAGCGGUCACUUUCUGCCUCAAGGAAUUUCGGGGGCUCCUGAGCUUUGCAGAAUCAGCAAACUUGCCUCUUACAGUCCACUUUGAUGUUCCAGGCAGGCCAGUCAUCUUUACCAUUGAGGAUUCUUUGCUGGAUAGUCACUUUGUCUUGGCCACACUCUUAGAGCAAGACCCAUGUUCCCAGGACCUGUGCUCCCCAAAUCCCUGCCAGCCAGUGCCUCAGAAGCAGGCUCACAGCAUACCCCACUUAGAUGACUUUACCAAUGAUGACAUCGACUGUUACAUGAUUGCCAUGGAAACCACCGUGGGCAGUGAGGGCUCCCGGGCACAGCCUUCCACUUCCCUCCCACCUGUCUCCCAGCCCUCCCAUGACCUUGUCCCCCCCUCAGAGGAGGAGGAGGAGGAAGCUGAGCCCAGUACAGUGCCUGGGACUCCUCCACCUAAGAAGUUUCGCUCACUUUUCUUUGGUUCCAUCCUGGCCCCUGUACACUCCCCCCAGGGCCCCAGCCCUGUGCUGGCAGAAGACAGUGAUGGUGAAGGCUGAACUCGAAAAACCUGAAGCCUGUGUCCAAAGGCCAUAGACCUGAAGCCACCCCAGCCAUUGGCAGGGCUGAAACCUUAGUCCCUGGGCGUGGAAAAGGGGCUAUGCUUGGUGUAGGCACUUAUCUGUAUGCUACAGAGCUGCCUAGGCAACCAUGUUUGGUCUGUGUUGUAUAUUAUUCACUCAACCUGUAUCAAUCAUGUCUCUUUCUGGUGCCCAGCUACCACCUGACA